AUGCCUGGGACAUAUGUGAACCGUUUCCCUGAAGACGUCAUCCAUCAUAAGCCUGAGAGUUUAAGUCCGAGAGUCCAAGUCCGAGAGUCCAAGUCCGAGAGUCCAAGUCCGAGAGUCCAAGUCCGAGAGUCCAAGUCCGAGAGUCCAAGUCCGAGAGUCCAAGUCCGAGAGUCCAAGUCCGAGAGUCCAAGUCCGAGAGUCCAAGUCCGAGAGUCCAAGUCCGAGAGUCCAAGUCCGAGAGUCCAAGUCCGAGAGUCCAAGUCCGAGAGUCCAAGUCCGAGAGUUCAAGUCCGAGAGUCCAAGUCCGAGAGUUCAAGUCCGAGAGUCCAAGUCCGAGAGUCCAAGUCCGAGAGUCCAAGUCCGAGAGUCCAAGUCCGAGAGUCCAAGUCCGAGAGUCCAAGUCCGAGAGUCCAAGUCCGAGAGUCCAAGUCCGAGAGUCCAAGUCCGAGAGUCCAAGUCCGAGAGUCCAAGUCCGAGAGUCCAAGUCCGAGAGUCCAAGUCCGAGAGUCCAAGUCCGAGAGUCCAAGUCCGAGAGUCCAAGUCCGAGAGUCCAAGUCCGAGAGUCCAAGUCCGAGAGUCCAAGUCCGAGAGUCCAAGUCCGAGAGUCCAAGUCCGAGAGUCCAAGUCCGAGAGUCCAAGUCCGAGAGUCCAAGUCCGAGAGUCCAAGUCCGAGAGUCCAAGUCCGAGAGUCCAAGUCCGAGAGUCCAAGUCCGAGAGUCCAAGUCCGAGAGUCCAAGUCCGAGAGUCCAAGUCCGAGAGUCCAAGUCCGAGAGUCCAAGUCCGAGAGUCCAAGUCCGAGAGUCCAAGUCCGAGAGUCCAAGUCCGAGAGUCCAAGUCCGAGAGUCCAAGUCCGAGAGUCCAAGUCCGAGAGUCCAAGUCCGAGAGUCCAAGUCCGAGAGUCCAAGUCCGAGAGUCCAAGUCCGAGAGUCCAAGUCCGAGAGUCCAAGUCCGAGAGUCCAAGUCCGAGAGUCCAAGUCCGAGAGUCCAAGUCCGAGAGUCCAAGUCCGCGAGUCCAAGUCCGAGAGUCCAAGUCCGCGAGUCCAAGUCCGAGAGUCCAAGUCCGAGAGUCCAAGUCCGAGAGUCCAAGUCCGAGAGUCCAAGUCCGAGAGACCAAGUCCGAGAGUCCAAGUCCGAGAGUCUAAGUCCGAGAGUCCAAGUCCGAGAGUCCCAGUCCGAGAGUCCCAGUCCGAGAGUCCCAGUCCGAGAGUCCCAGUCCGAGAGUCCCAGUCCGCGAGUCCCAGUCCGAGAGUCCCAGUCCGAGAGUCCCAGUCCGAGAGUCCCAGUCCGAGAGUCCCAGUCCGAGAGUCCCAGUCCGAGAGUCCCAGUCCGAGAGUCCCAGUCCGAGAGUCCCAGUCCGAGAGUCCCAGUCCGAGAGUCCCAGUCCGAGAGUCCCAGUCCGAGAGUCGCAGUCCAAGAGUCCCAGUCCUAAAGUUCGAGUCAGAUAGUUCAAGUCUCCGAGAGUCCAAGUCCGAGAAUCCAAGUCCAAUAUUUCAAAUCAAGAGUCCAAGUCCGAGAAUCUACGAAUCUAAUGCCGAGAGUCCAAGUCAGAGAGUUCAAGAUCGAGAGUCCAAGUCCAAGAGAUUAAAUCGAGAGUCCAAGUCCGAGAGUCCAGGCUGA